UUCUUUGCCAUCACUGUUUUUGAAACAGUAUAAAAAUGCAGAGCUCUCUUUAUAGUGUGCAGAAUAUAUCCUGUGUCUAUUAGUGACUAUUCUGUUUCUUGGGCUUAAUAAGCUUCUUGCCACAAGUACUUGAAAAAUGCUGGAGAGUUUGUUUGUUUUCAGGCGGGCUUUUUUUCUGAGUUGUAAUUGAACUUCAAUAUUCUGAAAUCUUUUCAGAUGGAGAAGUUUCUCCCAAUUGUAUAUGCGAAAGACACAGUGGUUGUCUAUUGAAGCACGGAUUUGUUCUUAUGACACACACAAUUUUGUGGGCCAUUUAUUUUCGGUCAUCUCGGUCAAUGUUAGAACAAUCUGAACAGCAGAUUAGGGCUGCUUCCAGUUUGGAGGAGCUACUGCGAAUCACACAUUCUGAGGACUGGAAGCUGUGGCGGUGCCGGCUGAAGCUGAAAAGUUUUACUAGUAUGGAUUCUCGCUCAGCAUCUCAUCGGUCCACCAGGUUCGCAGCAACUUUCUAUGACAUUGAAACACUCAAAGUUAUAGAUGAGGAAUGGCAAAGAACCCAGUGCAGCCCUAGAGAGACGUGCGUGGAAGUCGCCAAUGAGCUGGGGAAGAGUACCAACACGUUCUUCAAGCCCCCUUGCGUGAAUGUGUUCCGAUGCGGUGGCUGCUGCAAUGAAGAGAGCCUCGUCUGUAUGAACACGAGCACCUCUUACGUUUCCAAACAGCUCUUUGAGAUAUCUGUGCCUUUGACAUCGGUACCUGAAUUAGUGCCUGUUAAAGUUGCCAAUCAUACAGGUUGCAAGUGCUUGCCAACUGCCCCCCGCCAUCCAUAUUCGAUUAUCAGAAGAUCCAUCCAGAUCCUGGAAGAAGAUCGCUGUCCCCAGUCCAAGAAGCUUUGUCCUAUUGAUAUGCAAUGGGAUACCAACAAAUGUAAAUGUGUUUUACUGGAGGAGAAUCCACUUGCUGGAACAGAAGAUCACUCUCAUCUACAGGAACCAGCUCUCUGUGGACCACACAUGAAAUUUGAUGAAGAUCGUUGCGAGUGUGUCUGUAAAACACAGUGUCCCAGAGAUCUUAUCCAGCACCCAGAAAACUGCAGUUGCUUUGAAUGCAAAGAAAGCCUAGAGAGCUGCUGCCAGAAGCACAAAAUAUUUCAUCCAGACACCUGCAGCUGUGAGGACCGGUGCCCUUUCCACACCAGAACAUGUGCAAGUGGAAAACCAGCAUGUCCAAAGCAUUGUCGCUUUCCAAAGGAGAAAAGAGCUGCCCAGGGGCUCCACAGCCAAGAGAAUCCUUGAUUCACCUUUGCUCCAGUUCCCCAUCCCUGUCAUUUUAAAGAUCAUGCUGCUUUGCAAAUUGCUGUUGCUGUCUUUCCCCUAUUUUACAUAGUGCCAUAGUAAGUCCAGACCAGCCUUCCAUUGACAUCAGCUGAGGAUUUCCUGAUUCAUUUACAGAUGGCUUCUAGCUGCAGAUACCUCUGCACAUCGAAGACUGGAGAAGAAGUUCCCGAGGAACCCAUUUUUUGGUGCAUGAGAAAGGUUUGCUUGUCAUGGAAUGACAGGUACCAUGUGACUGAUUAUUCAAAGCGGAUGAGGAAAACUGCAGUUGCUGAGUCCUUUGCUAAGCGCAAUUCUUGUGAAUUAUUCUGAUUCUUUGUUAUGCAGAAUUUCAUUUGUAUGAUCAGCACUGAAUUUCUAAUUCCUGACCAGCUUGUAGUUUUUGAGUUUAGUGAACUACUCUCUGAUGUUUCAUAUUUAAGGGUAUUUAAAGGAAAUAAACACCAUUAUUCAAGCC